AAACACCAGAAAUUAUUCUUAGAAAUUGAUAUAUUUAUUUAUCAGUUCGAGAGCGUCCUUUGAAACCUUGGUAACAAUUCAUUUGUUAAUGAACGGCUGACAAACGCGAAAGAGCUAGAAUGGGCUCCUUUGUUAUUAACCAGCGAAGAAAUUCCACUUCUAUGAGUCACUCAUUUUGAAAACUUUUCCAUUAGUUCAAGGGUGCCCAGAUUUGAAUAUGGUGGACUGGAAGUCUUUGUAAAUCAAGGUAAAUAUUAAUUUUUCAUGCACCCCACGCAAAACACCCACGCGGCGCCCACGCACGGUUUGUCGGAAGACUGGGCUCGAACAUUAGAGCCCGCGAGUAGUCAGCCGUCAAAACAACAACAUGGCGGAGUUUUAUAGCAGCGGAAAGGAAUUUGGAAGUAGUUAUGAUUCCCAAGCUAAAAUGAGCUUCAAAGCGUUCGAAAUAGCACCAGUUAUUGAAAGGAUAGUGACUACUUCUGCAGACAGGCCAAAAACGGUGGAAUGUAUUGACUGUGCUGCACAGAAUUUAUACAUUGGGACAUCAGAUUGUUUUGUUCUUAAUUAUGUGAUUGAUGAAGGUGUUUCGCCACUGGGGAAGACAACAUUUCAGUCAAGGCUUCAAGCUUGUAAACAUCUUGGAAUGAAAAAGCCAGUACAGCAGGUAUUGACAGCCCCAGCCAUAAACAGACUUCUUGUACUUUGUGAUGGUGGUAUUUUGAUGUUUUCCAUGUUUGGCUUAGAGUUUCUGGCCACAGGAUUUAAGGACAGAUUUAAAGGGGUGACAGCCAUGUGUAGAAAUGAUAAUCCAAAUAUGUUUGAUCCUUUUGCUGUCGAGGUUUGCAUUGCACUUUCUAAGAAGAAAGCUAUUCACAUUCUUUCAGUAACUGAAGACAAGAUAAUUCCAUUAAAAGAAAUCCCACUACCAGAGCCUCCAAUACACAUGGCAGUUGAUGGAGGGGCUGUGUGUGUGGCUCUAGCAAAUCAGUAUCGUUACUGCAUGGUGAACAUUUUGUCUGGCAAGGUUCAAGAGUUAUUUCAUUACGAGGCUGAAGUAACAAAGGGAUUUGUCAUGGGUGUUGGAAUGGAAGAAUUUCUUUUAAAUGGCCCAACAGACGUCAUGGGCAUGUUUGUAACCUCAGAAGGUACCUCUCAGAGAGCACCGCUCAGCUGGUCAGAAAGAUUGCUGGGACUGGGAUAUUCCUUUCCUUAUGCAAUAGCACUUGGAGCAAACUCCAUCUCUGUUCACAGCAUUAUAGGGCAGGACCAAAAGUCCCAGAAGCAGUCACUUGUAUUUAAGGGUGGAAGGAUACUACUGAAUUAUGACAAUCAGGUGUUUGUUUGUUCUCCAAGAGAGGUCUACAGUUUGGUGCAGCUCCCCUUCAAAAAACAGGUGCAGAUGUUGUUAAAUGAGAAAAGAGUGAGUGAAGCUCUUCAACUGGCUCAUGUUGCCAUGGAAACCAUGUCAGGGCCUCAAAGAGAUGAGAAGCUUCUCAAAAGAACACAGCAGCAAGCUGGAUUCAUUUACAUGGCAGAAGGGUAUUUCACAGAGGCUGCAAGUCUAAUGAGAGAGGGAGGACUGGAUCCAAGAGAGUUGAUAAUUUUGUUUCCCUCACUGCUAUCAUCCAACUGGAAAUACUUACCAUCAAGAGAAUUGGUUGAACUCAGUGGCCUUGUGAAAGGCAGCAAGCAGUUUUUAGCAGAAGCUAAGCAAUUCCUGAUGCAGUACCUCGAAGAAACCAGAAGAUCUGCAGAAGACAUGGGCUACAAAGAGGAGGUUGACACAGCUCUUGUCAAGUUAUACACCGAAAUAAAUUCUCCAAACUUACAACAUCUGGUGUCCAGUGAGAACUGCUGUACUGUGGCUGAUACAAUAAGCUGGCUUCAGAAAUACGAGAGACACCACGCAUUGGCAUUGUUUUAUUGUCACCACAAACAGCCUGCUCAAGCAAUGGGUGUAUGGAAAAGGAUUAUACAAGGGGAGAUAAAAGAUCGCAACUUCCCGGGCAUGGAAUAUGUUGUGAAGUUUCUUGCAAGUUCUCAGGAUUCUGAACUUCUCUGGAAUCACGUUCCAUGGCUGCUGGAGAGAAAUCAAGAAAUAGCUGUGAAGGUUUUUACUGAUAGACCAACAGAUGAAUCUCCUAACGAUGAGAAGCUAAGACCAGACUUGAUAGUGGAAUACCUUCAAAGGUUUCCCGCGGCUCUUCAGCAAUACCUCGAAUAUCUCGUGUUUGACAAAAAAUUAGAGAAAGAGAAAUAUCACACUCAUCUGGCGCUUCUUUAUCUGGGAGAAGUGUUGAAAAUGAGACGAGAUCCAUCUUGCUCCCUUGACAAUCUCAGUAAACAAAGGGCUAAAUUACGCCACAUGUUAGAGUGGUCCUCGUUAUACAGAGUGACUCUGUUGUUGUCUAAGAUCAAUGAUGAUUCUGAUUUAGAUGCUGAAGCUGCGAUUCUUUAUGGAAAGAUGGAACAACAUAGUAAAGCUCUCAAGAUCUUAGUUUACAAACUCGAGGAUUUCACAGAAGCUGAAAGAUUCUGCGAACUGCACUCUAAGGGUAAAGACAGAAACUUUCGAAUGAAGCUCUUCCAAACUCUAUUAGAAGUUUACCUAUUACCUGAUGAAGACCGCGAUCCAUUAAUCGCGCCAGCGGUUGCACUUCUGAAUUCACACAUGGCGGACUUUGACACGGCCGAGGCUAUGAAGUUGAUCCCUGAGGAAUGGUCCAUUGGUGUGAUCUCUCAGUUCCUCAGUGGCUCAGUUCGUUUAAGUCUUCACAGAAGUCGUAACACAAAGAUUCUUCGCAGCUUAGCACGAGGAGAAAACAUCAAGAUGCGAAGCUCUCACAUGAUAUCUCAUAAAGCGCAUCUUUUGGUGACGGAAGAAAGAUUAUGUCAAGCUUGCAGGCGGCCUUUCAAUGAUCCUGCUGUGGCGCGUUACCCCAAUGGCGUAACAACGCACAUACACUGUGCAAGAAAUAAGACAGUGUGCCCCGUGACAGGUCACGUGUUCUCAUCACUGGAACACAGGGACGAGGCUAAAGAUGACGGUAGUUGAGGAAGUGAAUAUUGACACUUUUCUAGAACACAGGCUGUAGGAGUGUGAUGAGUAAGAAGGUCAUUUUCUCUCUCAGCAUUCGCUUACAUCGGUCUACCAACUGAGAGUAAUGGUUUAGGACAGCGGCAACUCUCCUUGGAAACUGCGUCAAAACGAUAGGCAGGCACAGACAGGGGCAAGAAUUUUAAAAAGCCUACUAUAAUCUUCAGAGGUUCCAUGCUCAAAGACUGACAGUCACUUUCUUAAUGACAAUCAUGUGCAAUCAUCUGAAUAUUUCCAAGAAAUGCUGAGAAUUUGGAAAGAAAUGAAUGCAAAAUGUAUUUUACGCCAUCUUUGUACAUACUAUGGCUUGUACAAAAAGAAAGAAGAGACGAAGAAACGCUGUUCCUGGUGAGAACAGGUCUAGAAUAAUCAGUGUGUGUCAGUCUGGUGCCUUUGUACUUAUGUCGCUACUGCAUGCUGUCUUUCUUAUUAAUGAGGGUUAACUCAAAGCACUUCUUAUGAAAAAAAAAGAAAAAGAAAAUAUAUAUGACUGGAUUUAUGAAAACUGUGCCAAUGAAAAAUGCAUCCCUUUACACCAAGUGACCUGAACACUUUGAUUUUACGACUCCUCAAGGCCUAAAAAUCACUCAAAGCGAUUAAAAAAAUAGAGAAAAGCA